AUGGCUCCUCCAUACGCGACUCUGGCACACAGCUGCGUCAACGUUCAGCUGUCAGAACCCAUAUCGCUGUGAGUCGGGAGGGCUGAGCGUAGAAAUACAACGAGACUGACGGGCAGACCUCCAUCGCUUGAACUCAGCCUUAAUCACCGCUCCGGCCGGAGCCAUGGGGUCCACCACAGACGAAGAAUUUAAGGAGAAAUUGCUGUGGAAUGUGAAACGGGAGGUGAAGCAGAUCAUGGAAGAAGCUGUUACCAAGAAGUCUGUGCACGAAGACAGCAGCCACGUCAUUGCCCUCUGCAGUACAAUCGAGGCCUGUCUCGGCCACAUGCUGAAGCGCAGAGCUGCUGGUUUCCUCCGCAGUGAUAAGAUUGCAGCUCUCUUCACUAAGAUGGGGAAGGUGAAUGAGACGGUAGGGAUGGUGUGCCGCAAGGUGCAGGAGCAGCUGCAGCAGCAAGCCGAGGCCACCAGGAGGCUGCAGAGUCAGGAGCCGUUGAGGAGGCAGGGUUCUGCCUCGGGUUCCAGCGCAGGCCGCCCCCCACAGCCCCUCACUGCCCAGGCUGUGAAGCACAUCUGGGUCCGCACCACUCUGUUCCAGAAGGUUCUGGACAAGGUCAUCCAGUACAUCGUGGACAACGCCAGUAAGUACUAUGAGAGGGAAGCUCUGAUGCACGAUCCUGUCUGUGGACCCAUCCUGGCUGCUCUUUUGGUUGGGCCUUGUGCGCUCGAGUACACCAAGUUGAAAACGUCGGAUCACUUCUGGACUGACCCGUCCGCCAAUGAGCUGGUCCAGAGGCACCGGAUCCACGGGGCACACCGGGGCCAGGACCCCUCCCCCAGCAGGAGACCCACCCUGGGGAUCCGGAAGCGGCAGUCCAGCGGGAACAUGUCGGAGGACAGGUUUGCAGCGUCAGCACGGGAGUACGUGGAGUCUCUGCACCAGAACUCCAGAACACACCUUCUGUACGGCAAGAACAACGUGCUGGUGCAGCCGAAGAAGGACAUGGAGGUUCUGCGGGGGUACCUGUCACUCCACCAGGCGGGGGAGAACCUCACCCUCAAAUGGACCCCAAAUCAGCUGAUCAACGGGACCCUGGGAGACUGCCAUCUGGAGAACAGUAUUUACUGGGACUAUGCCCUGACUGUGCCUAUUCGCCAGAUUGUGUGCCUGCACUGUCACCAACGAGCUGACUCGGGGGGCACCCUGGUGCUGGUGAGCCAGGACGGCAUCCAGCGCCCCCCCUUGCACUUCCCCCCUGGGGGGCACCUGCUGGCCCUCCUGUCCUGCCUGGAGACCGGCCUGCUCCCUCGGGGGCAGCUGGAGCCCCCGCUCUGGUCCCAGCGGGGCAAGGGUAAGGUCUUCCCGAAGCUCAGGAAGAGGAACAGCACGGCUCGGCUGGUGGGGGAGGAUGAGGAGGAGGUUGCCGACUACGUCUUCCGCAUCGUGUACCCCGGCCACCGGCACGAGUCCAUCACUAUAAACUACCACCACACCACGGGCAGUCGCGCGCCCUCGCUGGACGAUGAUGAGGAGGAGGAAGAUAGACUCCACGCCAUGAUCUCAAACUCGCGGAACCUCACAGACCCCAAUGCCAUGAAAGACCACACAGAGCUUCUGGAGGGGCAGGCAUUUGGGGGGAGCCCGUUGUCAUGGCAGCAGGGAGAGUGUAGCAGCCACAUAUCGUCCUGCCUGUCUUGCUCCACCGGGGGCAGCAGCGCGUCCAUCGAGCUCCCACCCGGAUGCACCUGCAUCCAUGACCGGAUUCCUCUGAAGAUGUUGUGCCAGAAUAUGAAGAGGCAGAUCGUCUCCAGAGCCUUUUACGGCUGGCUGGCGUACUGUCGGCACCUGUCCACCGUGCGCACACACCUGUCGGCGCUGGUGAACCACAACAUCGUCCCGCCGGACCGGCCCAGCGGGGCCUCGGGGGGCCUGAGUAAGGAUGUCUGGAGCAAGUACCAGAAGGACCGCAAGAACUAUAAAGAGCUGGAGCUCCUGCGAUUGGUGUACUACGGAGGGGUGGAGCAUGAGAUCAGGAAAGAGGUGUGGCCUUUCCUGUUGGGUCAUUACAGGUUUGGCAUGAGUAAGAAGGACACGACACAGAUCGAUGAGAAGAUCGCAGCCAGGUAUGAGCAGGUGAUGCGGGAGUGGAAGGCCUGUGAGAUCAUCGUGAAGCAGAGAGAGAAGGAGUCACAGUCGGCCAUCUUGGCCAAGCUGUCCUCUGGGAGCAGCAUCGACAGCCAUGUUCUGAGACUGAUUCACAGAGACUCCACCCUCAGCAAUGAGGUGUUCAUGUCGGUGGAUGAGGCAGACGGGGCGGGGCAGCACACGCCCGGGGGCGGGGCUGACACCGCCACCCUGCCGGCGGCCCUGCCCCAGGACGACAGGCCUCUGGUGGAGUUCGACUCGCCCGACUCCGGCCUCCCCUCCUCCCGAAACUACUCUGUGGCGUCUGGCCACUCCCAGAUCCUGUCCAGCAUCGAGGACAGUCAGAGCAUGGAGGAGGAGCCGGGGGAGGAGCCGGGGGAGCAGGGCCGGCAGGACUCCCUGAGCGAGGAGCGCCUCUGCGGCCAGCUGGACAGACUGGACACCGGCAGCGAGGGGGCUCCCGCCGCCUUCUCCUCCUACACGAUUGAGCUGCUGGACACGGUGGCCCUGAACCUGCACAGGAUCGAUAAGGACGUGCAGCGCUGCGACCGCAAUUACUACUACUUCACCCCCGCCAACCUGGAGAAGCUGCGGAACAUCAUGUGCAGUUAUGUGUGGGAGCACCUGCAGGUGGGAUAUGUCCAGGGCAUGUGUGAUCUACUGGCCCCACUAAUGGUCAUUCUGGAAGAUGAAUGCCUUGCAUACAGCUGCUUCACCCAGCUGAUGAAGAGGAUGUGUCAGAACUUCCCCAGUGGAGGUGCCAUGGAUACGCACUUCGCCAACAUGAGGUCGCUGAUACAGAUCCUGGAUGCAGAGGUGUUUGAGCUGAUGCAGCAGAAUGGAGACUACACACACUUCUACUUCUGCUACCGCUGGUUUCUGCUGGACUUCAAAAGAGAGAUGCUGUACGAGGACGUGUUUGCGGUGUGGGAGGUGAUCUGGGUGGCUCCACGGAUCUCCUCUCAGCACUUUGUCCUGUUCAUCGCCCUGGCACUGGUGGAGGCCUACAGAGAGAUCAUCCGCGACAACAACAUGGACUUCACCGACAUCAUCAAGUUCUUCAACGAAAUGGCGGAGCGUCAUGACGUGCAGCGUAUUCUGCAGAUCGCUCGAGAGCUGGUGCACAAAGUCCAGACCCUGAUCGAGAACAAGUGAGGGGAGUUGGGAGGAGCCAAGAAGGCUGAGGCGGAGCCAGAAGAGGGCAGAGGCCCUGAGUGACCACUCCCCUCAGACCCACAGCCACACCGACUGGACACUGUGGAGCCGG